AGAGGACUACAGGUUCCUUCACAGCAUGUUGAUGGAAAAAAAAGUUCACCUGCUGUUUAAGAUUCACGAACGGCUCAGGCAUUUUGAGAAGCGAAGCCCCGUUCCCAUCCAGGAGCACGCAGCGAGUCUGGCCUCAGAAGAUGUUGGAACAUUGGAAAUUCUUCAUUCAAGAUAAAGUGACAACACACUUUCCCCAUUGAACAUCAAAAUAGCAGUUUGCAGAAGAGCUGCUGUACCAAGGCUGGAGAGAUGAAGUCAAAGAACUGCUUACACUUAUUUCCAAACCUCACUUUAAGUGGCUUUCUUUUUGUGACUGAACCAUGAAGGCCUGUGCAUUAUUAACAGUUGCCCUGUCAACAGAUUCUACCACCUGAGCCGUGGAUCUCUGCAGCUCCUACCAUGGGCCUCUGUGCUACUUCUCUGAUUAGUUGCUGUCUUACCUAGCCUGUCAGUUUAGGUUAAUGGCAAUGUAUUGAGUCUCCUGCGUACCCAUGACUCUGUAGCUCAAAGAGACUUUGAGCCUGCUCUCCCACCUCUACCUGAUGAUGCAAUGGAGGAAGAUGAGGAUUCAGUCAAAAUUGUGAGCCUGGUUAAAACCAAAGAGCCACUGGGAGCAACAAUUAAGAAAGACAAAUACACUGGAGCUAUUGUUGUGGCCAGGAUCAUGAGAGGAGGUUCAGCUGAUAAAAGCGGCCUGAUUCAUGAAGGUGAUGAGCUGAAGGAGGUUAAUGGAGUUUCACUGGAGCACAGAAAGCCCAAAGAAAUCCUUCCUCUUCUGGCCUGUUCUGAGGGUGCAGUUAAAUUCAAAAUAAUUCCUGGAUCCACUAAAGAGGACAUGUCAUCAUGUAUGACAAAGUUGUUUGUGAGAGCUCUGUUUGACUAUGAUCCCAUGGAGGAUACGACCAUCCCAUGUAAGGACGCAGCAGUGGCCUUCAAACGAGGGGACGUCCUCCAGAUUGUCAGCAGGGAAGAUGAUACCUGGUGGCAAGCCUGCCACCUUGGAGAUGGCAGCAGUCGAGCGGGCCUCAUCCCCUCAAAGAAGCUCCAUGAAAGAAGAGUAGCAUUACAACGACCCAGAGCCCUAUUCAAGCCUCAGCUCAUCAACCCAGCAGUUUUUCCAGUCACAGAGGAUGUAGACUACGGCUCUAUAACAGGAAUCCACAUUGCUGGCCUAAGAAGGAGUUUCCGACUCGGACGAAAAGGCAGCAGAACCAGGAAAACUGCUCAGUUACGGAGGUGGAGCUCUGAGGUACAUGGUGCAAUCAGUCCCCCUACCUAUAUAGAGGUGGUGCUCUACCACAAGGAGCCAAAGGACAGACCCCGUCUUAUUGUCCUGAUUGGGCCCAGCGGGGUUGGCGUGAACGAACUGAAGAGGAGGCUGGUGAUCUCCGACCCGGACCGCUAUGGCGUCGGUGUACCGUACACAACACGUGAGAAAAGGAAGCAGGAGAGAGAAGGCGUGGAUUAUCAUUUUGUAUCAGUUCAGGCUUUUGAGGAGCUCAUCCUCAAUGACAGGUUUGUAGAAUAUGGACAGUACAGAGGUAGCUACUAUGGAUCAAAUCUGGACUCAGUACAGAGAGUGAUGGCUGAGGGCAAAGUGUGUCUCCUGGAUGUGCACCCAAGUAAAAUAAAGCAUGUGUACAAUUCUGAAUUCAAACCAUACGUGGUGUUUGUGAAACCCCCAAGGAUUGAAGAGCUUCGCCUCACCAGACGGAGGGCUAAAUUUGUCUGUGAUGAAGACAGUAAGCAAGUCAGGAUGUUUUCAGAGGAGGAUUUUGAGGACAUAAUUGACCAGGCUGAAAUGUUGGACAGCCAGUAUGGUCACCUGUUUGACACAGUUAUUGUCAAUGGAGACAUUGCUGUGGCAUUCAGGGAGCUGAAAGCAGUCCUCGAGAAGAUGGACGAGUCAGAAGACCAGUGGGUUCCUGCAUCAUGGAUGCGCUCCACACCAACAAAAGCGUGGAGAAGCUGCAGCAGUUUGACUGGUUGGAUUUGAAUGGGGAUCAUUUACAAUUAUAUCAGAUGUUCCUUAAAUCACCUUUUAAAGCUUGUUUUCACAUUGUCUUUUUAAAAGUGAUGCAUACUAAGCCUUGGAGUGUAUAAGUAUUACGUUUGGAUUUAGUACAUUUAAAUAUUAAUUUUCACAUUUUAAUUUGUUCUCAUGAUUCCCAGCUUCUGUAGUUUUUUUUUUUCAUUGGCCAUCCACUUUGAUAAUUCCAUAUCCCUCUCUUCCUAAUGGUUUCUCCAGUUGUCUCAAACUGACUUUCUCUGUUGGCACUUAGCUGACAUAACUUGCGAAGAAGAAAAAAAGAAUAACCCUGUAAAACGUUUGUGGCUGAGUGUCGUCCUUUGCUGCCAAGUUGCAAAUAUCAGCAUGGAAUCAUUCUGACAGCUGCUGCACUUCAAUUACCUGUAAUGUACACCAGUGAAACAUUAGUAGCAGUCAGUGAGGCUUUUUGCCAGCUAUGUGCUGGAGAAAACAUAGACAAACAAGAAAACAAUAAUAGAUCGGGGAUGAAGCAAACUGUGCCUUGCAAAGGCAUCCAGGCUCCUUUUUCAUAUUUCCUCAUGUUAAAAUCACCUCUUGAUGCAUUUGCUGCUGCAAGUAUUUUGAUGGUUUUAGCACAGAAUCUCUGUUUUUAUAUAGGACUGGAUUUUGGCUGGCCCAUUAUAAACCAUGAAAUGGCUUUAAUUUAAUUGUAUGUAUUUAUUAGAAAGACACACACACACACACACACACACACACACACACACACACAUUUUCUUACAUUACUAAGAGGUUACAGAUUUGAAUAUGCUAGUGUUAGCAAAACAGCUUUCAUCUAUUGUGACUUAGCAGACAACAUAUAACAAGUUUAUUAUAUAUAAAAAUACAUACAAGAUUCAAAUGAUGAAGUGACAUAAAAUGCAUGUCAUAAAGUGCCAGGUGCAAAGUGCAUUUUUAGUGUCCAAGGUGUAGAGCGCCACAUAAUUUGCUGGAAAUAAAAACAAAUAUCAGACAUUCCAA